AUGAACCCAGCCUCGACCUCGUCCACACCCGGUCCGCCCACCCACUCCGACGCACGCGGCAGCCCCUCGCUGCCCGCGCAGUACGGGCCAGACGGGAAACUCAAGACGGGCAACGCGUACGUCAAUUCGUUCAAGGGCGGGAUACGGGUCGAGACGGCCAACGGGGGAGAGAGGACCAGCAGGGCUUGCCUCGCGUGUAGGAAACUAAAGACCCGAUGCGACGGCGCCGAAGACCCUCCCUGCAAGCGAUGCCGCGCAGGGAACCACGAAUGCGUCUUUGUCGAAAGCAAGCGCGGCAAGCGUCCUUCUCGGGGCAAACAAUCCGACUCGAACCUGGUCGACAAGUUCCGCAUGGUCGAGAAGACGCUCGCCACGGUCCUCGACUCGAUCGGCUCGGGCGAGAAACCAGACCCGAGCGCGAUCUCGCAGUUGCAGGCGUCUCUGGCCGAGGGACUCGUUCCCGAGCCUUCUGCUGCCGGGCGGAGAGCGAGUGUGGGAAGUAGUCAGGCGAUGAGGUACUCUCUCCCGCCGAACGACGACCACUCGCCUUCGUCCGGCUCCGAAAUCAACGACCUCGCCACCUCGACGGGCGGGCGCAAGGCCAAACGCGCGCGCCACAACUCGUCCGCGACGUCGAACGGGACGUUCGAGUCGCCGUCGAUGGGUGGGACGCUCGCACUUUCGCCGAGUACGACGGCCCAGUCGGGGAGUGCGAGUACAAAGUUUGCGCAUCUCCCGCUCCCAGGAGGCGGGGCGCAGGGUCCGAGUCCAUCUACGAACGCCCGUCGCGCAUCGCAAGGACCUCCUUCGAACCCUUCUCCCGGAUCCGCAACCGUCCCUAUCCCGACUUCCCAACCUACCCCCGCCGGCUCCUCACUUGCAAUGCUCGCCGACGCCUCCCUCGCAGCCCAAAUCGACGGCCGCUCUCAACUGACCGGACUCGACUCGAACUUUAACCUGAGCACGGUGACGAACGCGAUUCAGAGGCAGAAGGAUAGGCUGGGCGCGCCGGUGGAGGGGGGGACGACACCGGCUGUGUUGAGUAAGGGGAUUGUGACGCCCGAGUUGGCCGUCGAGUUGUUCACUAUCUUCUUCGACUACGCCUACAUCCACCUCCCGCUCCUCGACCCCGCGCGCCACACCGCCCCCUGGGUCUGCGCGACCUCUCCCUUCCUCUUCACCGUCAUACUCGCCGUCGCAUCGCGCUUCCACGCCGACCCAACCCUGCACGAAAAGAUCUACGAGGAGGCGCACAAGUGUUUCGUCGAGUGCGUCUCCGAGGGCGAGAGGAGCGUCGAGAGCGUUCAGGCUUGUUGUAUCUUGACCGUGUGGACCUAUCCCCCGACGGGGGAGAGUGUCGCGGCGGGAAGGGAGGAGAGGCCGAAGCGCGCGUCGCUGUACUUUACCAUGGCAAUCCGCAUGGCCCUCGAGCUGAACCUCUUCCGCCCCGCCUCGUGGGUCGACCGCCACCUCUCCAAGCCCGGAAACUCAUCCAAGACGAACCCGUGGGUCACCUUGCCGAAAGACGGGCCCGAGGCGGUCACGGAGCAGGAGACGUGGGACGCGUUGAACAGGGAGAGGACGUGGUUGAUGGUUUUCGUGAUUGAUCGCAACAUGGCGACGGUUAUGGGACGGCCGUACCAGAUCCUCGAGGCCAAGCCGCUCCUCCUCCCUCUCCAUCCGCAAUGCCUGCCCUUCGACCUCGGCGUCAUCGCCCACGUCGAGAUGCAGACGAUUGUCGGACAGGUGAUGGAUACUUUCCGCGACAGGCUGUACGGCCUCAGCUGCGCGAGCGACGAGAUGCCCAGUCCGGUUGUCAUGAAGCUGUUCAACUCGAGGAUGGACGAGUGGAAGGCGAGGUGGUGUCCGAUGCCGGGCGAGCCGAUCGCCAACAACCUCCUCUUCUACCAAUACUCGUGCAAGCUCUUCCUCAACACGAUCCCGCUCCACACGCUCCUCCGCAACGGCGACGCCUCGGACGAUCCCGACUCGGUCUCGUCGACUAUCGCGUCUGCAAAGAGCUUGUUGCAGCUCGGACAUGCGUAUGCCGAGCUGAGCGUCUUGCGGCACUGCCCCGACGUCAACUUCCUCCUCAUGCUCUACUCGAGCGUCUUCCUCGUCAAAGUCCGCGUCUCGAACUCGCGCUUCGCGCAGCUCGUCGACCCAGACGAGCUCGAGCAGCUCCUCCUCCAGCUCAUGAAGGACUGCCAGGAGGCUGCGCAGGGCGACCCUCGUCACGCAGCCAUGACGUGCUUCGUCAUCCUCCGUGCGCUGGGCACGAGCUGGAAGGCGCUUGAGACGGGCGGCGGGAGGAGCCGCGGGACCAGCACGCGAGGCGACGAGGACGAGAACCCGCUUGCCGCAGCGCAGCAACAGCCUCACGGUCCGGCCGGGCUUGGGAUGCCGAACGGUCCGCCUCCGCAGCAAGGCCCGCUCGACCCGCAUGCCGACUUUGCCGCCUUGAACAGCACGCUCGCUUCGAGCGCAGGCGGGUUCCCGCACGUCUCGCUCGCGUCGGCUAUGCCGCCUUCGCCUGCACCGAUGUUCCCCGGUCAGUUCAGCUCGGCCGGCAACCCCUUCAGCAACCCCUUCGCUGCCGCCUCGAACGCCCCAACGCCGAACGCGUCGUACCGACCGGGCACCAUCUCGGGCGUGCAGACGCCCUCGGCCUUCGUCGGGAACGGCAUGUUCGAAGGCGCCACGCCUGCAGGUCCCGGAGUCGCUGGCGGACCAGGCGGGAACAGUCUUGGACUCGGUGGACCCGGCGGAGGUCCCUUUGACGGUGUCGACCACUUCCUCAACGACUCGCACUUCUUCGGCAGCGUCCUCGUCGGCAAGGGAGCGAGCGGAUUCUUCGACUGGCCAGGAGUUGCGGGAAGCUUGGACAUGUCGACUGCCGUCGACCCCUUCUCCGCCGGCUCCGACCCGUUCGGCUUCGACUCGUUCUCGUACAACCCGCAACACGGGUCAGCGAGUGCCGUGCCGACGCCUGCUGCCGGUGCGGGCCAGAUCGACCCGAUGCUGAGCGCGAGUCCGGCGGUUGGGUCGAGCGGAGGACGGGGAUCCGGAGCGGGCGUGCGGAACGGAGACUCGCCCAGGAAGGAGGACGAGGACAAAAAGCCUAUCAUCUAA